AUGUUCAGCUGUAAGCAGCUUGGUGGUUAUCCGACUCUCCUUCAGUGCUGGAUUCAUGAGUAUUUUCCAACACUUGGGAAAAGAGGAGAGAACUGGAUACCAGCUAAUAAUGUGGGUCUCCCUCGAGCGAUGAGAUGGUCCUAUAGGCAAGGUGUCUUGAAGGUGGAUGACUUGCGGCUUAUUCUGGACGAGCUGACACCUGCCGAUGUCAUAUGGCGUCCAUUCAAGAAUCAUAGAGUAUGGCGUCAGUUUGAUGAGUUAUGUCUCUAUAGGGGGUGUCUGAGGUGGGGUGACAUUAUUGUUCCAUACUUGCCUAACAGAUGUAUGCGUCAGUUUGGAUAG